ACAUUGCAUUUGCCAGGGACUUCUUAAAACUCAACAUGUUAAAACUAGUAGCUUUAGUGGUAGUGAGCUCUGUUUUUGCUCAGGCCAGCUAUUGGAAGGGCGGUAAAGGAGGUAAAGGAGGAUGGGGUGGUGGUAACAUUGGUUACGGAGGUUACGGAGGAAGAGGCGGAUAUGGCGGAUAUAUGAGUUAUGGAGGAGGAAGCGGUUAUGGUAAAGGCGGAUCGGGAAAAGGUGGAUGGGGUGGAGGAUACGGAGGCUAUGGCGGCUAUGGAGGCAAAGGUGGCAUCAUAGGCGGAGGAAAGGGAGGUUUCGGAGGAGGAUACGGCAGUGGUGGUUAUGGUGGCUAUAUUGGAGGUGGUUAUGGCGGUUACGGAGGAGGCAAGGGAGGUUAUGGUGGUGGCGGUUAUGGCGGUUACGGAGGAGGCAAGGGAGGUUAUGGUGGUGGCGGCUAUGGCGGUUACAUUGGAGGUGGUUAUGGCGGCUACGGAGGAGGCAAGGGAGGUUAUGGUGGUGGCGGCUAUGGCGGUUACAUUGGAGGUGGUUAUGGCGGUUACGGAGGUGGUAAGGGGGGUUAUGGUGGUGGCGGCUAUGGCGGUUACAUUGGAGGUGGUGGAAAGGGCGGUUAUGGUGGAGGCGGUUAUGGCGGUUAUAUGGGAGGUGGUUAUGGCAAAGGCAAAGGAGGUUUUGGAGGUGGUUAUGGCGGCUACAAUGGAGGUGGUUAUGGCAGUGGAAAGGGAGGUUAUGGUGGAGGUGGUUAUGGCGGUUAUAUGGGAGGUGGUUAUGGCAAAGGCAAAGGAGGUUUUGGAGGUGGUUAUGGCGGUUAUAGCGGAGGUUAUGGUGGAUACGGAUUCGGUGGUAACAUUGGAGGUGGAUUUGGCAAAGGAGGCUUUAUAAGCAAAAAGGGACGAUAUUAAUUUACGAACAUUUUAGGUGUUUUUAUAGGAAUCGACUUGUGCAGAUCCGGGAAGAUAGAAGGCCGUCCGUCAUUGUUAUGACUGCCCUCGGAAAUGGUGUAGCAUCAAUCAAUGAUUUCAUGUAGAAUGUUUACUGUACUUUAAAUUAUUUGAAUUUUAAUUAUGCAAUUUAUUGUACAUUAAAUGUAU